UCUCUCUUUUUCGAUAUGCUGAAAUGGGAAGACGGCGUGCUUUGCUGAUCUGUUAAAUUCUUAGUGAAGUUUCUUUGGUUUCCAGUGGCUGCUGUUGUUUGAGUUUGGUUUGGAGCAACACUGAAGGAGUUCUGACAUUUCUGGGACUGAAUCAAGUCAAGAGGAAGAAGAAGAAAAUAAGGAGAAGGAAAAAGAGGAAGAAAAAAAGGUGGGGAGAAAUAAAAGGAGGAGAGAAGCAAAGGAAAAGGAGGGAAAAAGUCUUUUUUUUAACAUCACAUUCCUGUUUCUCUCUCUCUCUCUCUCUCUCUCUCUCUCUCUCUCUCUCUCUCUCUCUCUCUCUCUCUCUCUCUCUCUGCCUGGAAAACAUAUUAAUCCCAGCGCUUUUACUCCCGGAAACAAAGGGACUGAGCCAGACUGUGGGGGAAAGGGUGAUAAGAAGGAUCCAGGGACUCUUAAGAGGAGAGAAAGAGUGAGAGAGUGAGAUUUCAGAACUCACCAGGACUCCACUUUAAGGGACGUCUGAGGCGCCACAAGCAACUGGCACGCAGAGACCCACAAGACCAAGGAGAAACUGCAGACAAAUGGAGAUACAAAGACUUACAAGGACAGCUCCUUCCACCUCAUCUUACUGGUCUAGGACGUGAAAAGACACAUUCAGGAAGAAACGAGUCAGCUCCGCUCUCAAACCAGGACAGGCUGGGUGCUUCUUUGCAAACUGGACUUGCAGCCCACCUCUUCUGUAAUUGCUUAACCUCCACCAGGAGACAGAGGGCUGUGAGGAGGAGUUCGUCUAGAAACUGUCCUGGGAACCGAACUUCAGAUUUCUUUAGAAAAACCUCUGCAUUCCAUCUCUGUAAGCCACUAUUGGAUUACACAAUGCUGUGGAGAAUGGGACCCUGUUUGACCAUGCUGAUGGCAAUGUGGCUGGUAUGUGCAUCAGAACCUCAAGCCCCUGCCACCAAUAGAGGAGGUCAGAAAGUGUCCUCAGUCUCUGCCCCCAGCAGUAGACCAGCUCGGUUUCUGAGGCACACAGGAAGGUCUCGUGGAAUGGACAGGUCCACUGUGGAAGAGCCAAACCUCCAUCCUCUCCCAAGAAGGAAGAGUGUGCCAGUAUUGAGACUAGCUCGCCCAAUGGUGCUACCAACCCCUUUGAGCAUCCACGGGGACCCUGUGAGACCUGAGCUGAGGCCCACAGCCAGAAGUGCCUCUCGAGAGAUGGUCCGAGAUGAGGGAUCCUCAACUCGGUCAAGAAUGUUACGUCUCCCCUCUGGGUCCAGCUCUCCCAACAUCCUUGCCAGCUUUGCGGGGAAGAACAGGGUGUGGGUCAUCUCAGCCCCUCAUGCCUCAGAAGGCUACUACCGCCUCAUGAUGAGCCUCCUGAAGGAUGAUGUGUACUGCGAGCUGGCGGAGAGGCACAUCCAGCAGAUCGUGCUGUUCCACCAGGCAGGUGAGGAGGAGAGCAAAGUGCGAAGAAUCACUAGUGAGGGCCAAAUCCUGGAGCAGCCCCUGGAUCCCAGCCUCAUCCCAAAGCUCAUGAAUUUCCUGAAACUGGAGAAGGGCAAGUUUAGCAUGGUACUCCUGAAGAAGACACUACAGGUGGAGGAGCGCUACCCUUACCCAGUCAGACUGGAGGCUAUGUAUGAGGUCAUUGACCAAGGCCCUAUCCGCAGAAUAGAGAAGAUCAGACAGAAGGGUUUUGUCCAAAAGUGUAAGGCCUCUGGGGUAGAGGGCCAGGUGGUGGAGGAGGGGAAUGAUGGGGAAGGAGCAGGAAGGCCAAGCCUGGGCAGUGAAAAGACAAAAGACGACCAGAGGAAAGCACAAAUCCCCCCAACUAGAGAACCACGGGUAAAGGUGAUGAGAAAAUUGGCUACCACCAAGGCAGUUACUCCCUCUCCACCACCCACCCCAAGGGCCACCACCCUUCUUCCUGUUCCAGCCACAACAGCCGCAAGGGUCACAGCCCGGGUAGUAACAGUAGCUGCAAGACCUACCACCACCACUACCACCACCACCACCACCACCACCACCUUUCCGACCACCCAGAGGCCUUGGACCCCCCAGGUACACCCCAUCUCAACCUCCCACAGGCCACCUGCAACAGGAGAGGUGCCCACUGCCAGGGGAUCUCCAGUGUCAGAGAAUCUGUACCCUCUACCUAGGAAGGAACAGCAGAGGGAGAGGCCCCAGGCCACCCGGAAACCUGGCAAGGCCACCAGCUUUGAAUCUUUCACAGUGGCACCUCCCACCACCAUCUGGGCUCCCACAAGGGCUGUAGGACAGGGCCGUUUCAGGGACAACCGCACAGACAGGAGGGAACAUGGCCACCAAGACCCAAAUGUCGUGCCAAGUUCUCACAAGCCAACCAAGGGGAAACCUCCCAAAAAGAAGGCCCAGGACAAAGUUCUUAGCAAUGAGUAUGAGGAUAAGUAUGACCUGAGUAGGCCUACUGUUGCUCAGCUGGAGGAGGAGUCACAGGUCUCGAACACGCCUUCCCAAAGUGCAAAGGAGUCUAAAAAACAUGACAAGCUUCCGAAACCUGAGAAAGAGAAGAAAAAAAAGGCAAGGAAUGAGAAAGCAGACAGGUUGCUCAAGAGUGAGAAGCAAAUGAAGAAGGCUGAGAAAAAAAGCAAGCAAGAGAAAGAGAAGAGUAAGAAGAAAAAAGCAGGGAAAACAGAGCAAGGUGGCUAUCAGAAACCCACUUCGAAGCAGCCAUCUCCGAAGCAGCCAUCUCCGAGUCCCAGGAAAUCAGUGACUGACCUGCUGGGGUCCUUUGAAGGCAAACGAAGGCUCCUUCUGAUCACUGCUCCCAAGGCUGAGCAUAACAUGUAUGUGCAGCAGCGCGAUGAAUACCUGGAGAGUUUCUGCAAGAUGGCCACAAGGAAAAUCUCCGUGAUCACUAUCUUCGGUCCUGCCAACAACAGCACCAUGAAAAUUGACCACUUCCAGCUAGAUAAUGAGAAACCCAUGCGCGUGGUGGAUGAUGAAGACUUGGUAGACCAGCAUCUCAUCAGUGAACUGAGGAAAGAGUAUGGAAUGACCUACAAUGACUUCUUCAUGGUGCUGACAGAUGUGGAUCUGAGAGUCAAGCAAUACUAUGAGGUACCAAUAGCUAUGAAGUCUGUAUUUGAUCUGAUUGAUACUUUCCAGUCUCGAAUCAAAGAUAUGGAGAAGCAGAAGAAGGAGGGCAUUGUUUGCAAGGAGGACAAAAAACAGUCCCUGGAGAACUUCCUAUCCAGGUUCCGAUGGAGGAGGCGGUUACUGGUAAUCUCCGCUCCUAAUGAUGAAGACUGGGCCUAUUCACAGCAGCUCUCUGCCCUUAGUGGUCAAGCAUGCAAUUUUGGUCUGCGUCACAUAACCAUUCUGAAGCUUUUAGGAGUUGGAGAAGAAGUUGGAGGAGUUUUGGAACUGUUUCCAAUUAAUGGGAGCUCCAUUGUUGAGCGAGAAGACGUGCCUGCCCAUCUUGUGAAAGACAUACGUAAUUAUUUUCAAGUGAGCCCAGAGUACUUCUCCAUGCUUCUGGUAGGAAAAGAUGGAAAUGUUAAAUCCUGGUAUCCUUCUCCAAUGUGGUCCAUGGUGAUUGUGUAUGACUUGAUUGACUCCAUGCAACUUCGGAGACAGGAAAUGGCCAUUCAGCAGUCACUGGGGAUGCGCUGCCCAGAAGAUGAGUAUGCAGGCUAUGGUUACCAUAGUUACCACCAGGGAUACCAGGAUGGCUACCAGGAUGACUACCGUCAUCAUGAAAGUUACCACCAUGGAUACCCUUAUUGAAGAGAAGUCUGUAACCUUAGCCCUAGCCCAUUUCCCUACAGCUGCCAAACCCACACGUGGCCAGCUAUGAGAAGGGAGUUCUUCCAUACUGUCUACACCCUGUGUUCUUUUGCAGUGUUCUUCCAAGAUUAAAUAAAUAGCAAACAUUUCCCUA